AUGGCUCUCGGCCUCCGCAGAGAGGAUUCCCCACCAAAAUCGAUUUCCAACCGUUCUAAGCAUAACAUCUCAGCCUACCUGAAUCGCCCUGAUGAUGACUUUUCUGCCUGGCUGGGCGAAACAAAGCCCCAGCCAACGCAUAAAGUCAAAAAAUCCGGUCAAAGUAGCAACGCAGACUCAGAAUCCCAAGACAUUUUGCGCCUGCGGAACAGGAUCAACACUAAACUGAUGGAGGGAAAUGUUGCCAGCGCUGUCCGUGUUUUAUCAUCUGAUGACAGAGUUCUUUCCAUUACACCAAGUGUCCUCGCUGAGCUUAAUGCAAAACAUCCGAGUCCCCCCGCGGACCUUCGCUCUACUACUCUAAACUCCGAUUACCCCGCAACCUAUGCCCCCAAAGAAGAUGUUCUAGAUGCUAUUAAUUCCCUCGCAACCGGCAGCUGCGGGGGCAUCGACGGACUACGCCCAGGGCAUGUGAAAGAUCUACUCUCAAGCCACACCUGCGAGGCCGGCGCUCGCCUCCUCGUCUCCAUAACUGCUCUGACAAACAUGAUCAUCCAGGCACAAAUCCCCGAGUACGCUCGGGACCUCCUAUUUUCUGCAAACAUCACCGCAUUGAGGAAGAAGGAAGGCGGGAUCCGCCCUAUUGCUGUUGGUACAUUUUUUCGCCGUCUAGCUUCCAAAGUAGCCUGUAGACAAGUUACCAAGUUUUUGGGCCAGGAACUACGCCCGUUUCAGUUGGGCGUCGGUGUCCGCGGCGGCUGUGAAGCUGCUGUCCAUGCCGCAAGAAAGUUUAUUUCCGCCUCGUCCGAAAGGCCGGAUAACGCCUCUGUACUCGUGAAGCUAGACUUGACAAAUGCCUUCAACAGUCUUCGUCGGGACUGUAUUCUCGAAACUUGCUACCGCCGUGCUCCCUCAAUUGCCCGCUUGGUAUCUAUGGCUUACUCCAAGCCAAGCCUUCUUAUUGCCGAUGACCAAAUCCUACAUUCCAGCAACGGUGUUCAACAGGGCGACCCACUUGGCCCGUUGCUUUUUGCCCUGACGAUCGAUCCUGUUGUUCGGAACAUCUCAUCUCGUUUCAAUGUAUGGUACCUGGACGACGCUACUAUCGGAGGUCCGGUAGCUUCUGUCCUUAAAGAUUUGGAAAAUCUGAUCCCCUCCCUUAAUUCUCUUGGCCUAUCCAUCAAUCCGCUCAAAUCCGAAAUUGCCAAUAUUGGCUUUACCCCAGAAGAUUUUACCUCUGUAUUUAAUACGUUCUCGAAUGUCCUUCCAAAUAUCCGCAGGACCUUGAUUGAAAAUUUGAAAAUCUUAGGGUCCCCUAUAUCUAAUCUGGGUGUUGAAUCAUCCCUAUAUGCUAAAACAUCCUCGCUGUUGGCAAUUUCUAACAAACUAGCAAAAAUCGAUUCCAUUCCGGCCUGUUUUUCCUACGCAAUUGUUUUGCAAUUCCAAAGCUUCUAUUAUCCUCAGAAGUGCCCCAUGUUUCUUUAA